AUCGUCUCAGUAGCCUUUGAAAAUAGUGAUGGGAAAGCAAAGGUGAGUGGGGUGCACCGGUGUGUCUGGCAACAAGGUGAAGGCGAAGGUUGACCUGCGUGAGUGGCAACAGUGAUCACCAGUAAACAAUAUUCCGGACGAUUAAAGCGAUCCACCAACUUACACCAGCUUAUAAUGCAUAAAAUCUUUCUGGCUCAAAAAAGAGUGCUCAAUGUAAAUUUGUUUUGUCACAAAGAUAUUGGCAAGAGAGCAGCAUAUUUCCAGUUCCCUCUUGUGCCAAGUCGCAGUAAAUGUGAUCGUCAGUUUGCAACACUUUGCAAGGCUUCCUCAUUCAUCAAAAAGCACCAUUCAAACAGAACUGAAGGAAAAUAUGGCUUUAAUAUUCUUAAGAGCUUGUCAGCACCAAACUUUGGACCUGUUACCAAACUCAGCUCAACAGAUGAUGCAAACAGCACAGAGAACGACAAUCAUCUGAAGAAAGACUACAGCUUUGAUGCACUGGGAGCCUGGGAUCACCGCAUUGAGCUCCCACUCCUCAUGGAGGCAAGCAUCAAACACGGCACUCCAAUCCCCAUGAUCCUAGCCUCAGAUGUGGGGUGCUCCAGCAUUCUUGGCAAGCGAACCUACCAGGAGGACAGGUAUGUUGUGGAGGAUCUCCCAAACAACAUUCUGUGUGCCGCAGUGUUUGAUGGCCAUGGAGGGGCGGAGUGCUCUGAGUACUGUGCACAGAACCUUAGGAGUGUCUUACGGGAGGAGCUACGGCACCACAAGGACCUAGAGGCUGUGCUGCACCACACCUUCCUCAAGCUGCACACAGGGUAUAUCCAAUGGACCAAGACUCACAAUGCAGGAGAGAGGGCAGGCACAACAGCAGCUGUCUCCCUGCUGCGGGGUGGGGUGGAGCUUGCAGUGGGCCAUGUGGGAGACUCUCGGGUCAUUCUGUGUCGACUGGGAGUCUCACGAGAACUCACUCGUGAUCACUGUCCUUCACUCAUAUCUGAAAAGGAUCGCAUCACAAAGUGUGGUGGGAGCGUCAGCGUGGACAAUAUUGGCCGUCACAUGGUAAACGACACGCUCAGCAUGUCCCGCAGCAUUGGUGACCUGCACCUCAAGAAGUAUGGAGUGAUUGCCCUCCCAGACACCAGGACUAUGAGGAUAAAACAUGGCAAGGAUGCAUUUUUGUUGCUGAUCACUGAUGGUGUCAACUUUGUACUCCAAUCUAAGGAAGCUUGUGAUAUUAUUAACCAAGCAGAAGAUCCUAAUCAUGCUGCACAGCUGCUGACUGAACAGGCUCUGAGUAUGUCUUCGGAAGACAACAUGACAGCACUAGUGAUUCCAUACGGAUCUUGGGGGAAGUACACCAAGUCUGCAUCGAUGUUUUACUCCUUUGGCAUUGGAAGAGACAUGAACAAGAGUAGCAGGUUUGGAUGAGUGACAUCACAGCCUAACUAUCUGUUGAACCAGACAACCACGGUUGGAUAUUAGGGAAUAUUUUUAAUUGUGAUUGUAUGAUAACUGGUAGUAAAUCUUAUACAAAAGCUUUUUAUAUUUGUUACUGUAAGAGCAGUUAGUUGAUGGAAGAACUGUGCUAUAUAUUACUACAUUGGUGAUAUGAAGUCAUACUCAGUUUUAAAUUAUUCUUGUAAUUUCUAUAUUUCUGUUGAUAUUGCAAAAGCAGUUGGAUACAUAUAGGAAAUCUAAGAAUCAGAUAUUCUUUUAUGAAUUGAUUGGUGAUAUGUUACACUUUAAACUUUGCCUAAUAACUCAAGAGAUUAUUAGAUCUUAAUAUUUCCUGUAUCUCAUAAGAGAUGAAGGAACAGAGAUCAUAAUUUAUAUUGUUACUCCCACAAUGAGACAAGACAUGGCUGUCUUUGCCACCACAUAUUAAAGGGCAUCUCUACCAGGUAGAGAUACAUGCAAAACGUUUAAGUACAAUUGCACAUCUCAGUGAAUUAGUAUUGUACUCAUAUUGCUCAUUCCUCUAGUCCACUGCAUAAGAAUAAAUUAUGUAUUCUUAUGGCUUCAUCAUUAGAAUUGUUAUAAUAAUUAGAUCAAAUCUGAAGAUAGUGUCUGCUGAGCUGUUUUCAUGUGACAGGCUUAACAUCAGUAGUACUGAAAAGCUUUACAUGCAUUUGCCAUAUGCAAGGCUUUUGUUGUCAAACUUGUCCUGUUAUAUUUCAAAUUUCUUGUCUAAUAAAUUAGUUACACCAAAAUUUAUAUAGGUAAAUACCAAAUAUGAACUAAUUAUUCUUUGGCUGGUUACCAGUACCCAGAAGUCACAUACUGGAUAUGCAAAAUUAUACAAAGUUAAUUGUUAUUCGCAUCAAUUAAAAUGUUUUAUGAUGCAAGUGUCAAGAUUAGUUUUACACCACUAAGUAAACACAUCACCUAAAGAUCAAAUUCAUAGAGUUGAUUUUGUAUGACAAUGCAGGCUAAAAAAGCAGCACACUACUUUUCAGCUGUUUCAUGUUUUCAAAAUAAGAAAAAUGCUUCAUCCUUUUAUUACACUAGAUCGUAUUCUGUGAUGGUUAUGUUAAGCUGCAGUCUGUGUGAGGUUUUUCAUUCAGAAUUAUGAUAUCAAUGCAUUGAAGAUUUUGUUGGAUCUUGAAUGAGAAUAGUUAUCCUUUAAAGACUUACGUUGAUCUAAUGAAGGCCCAGAUGUAGAUUAAAACUACAAAUUUUCUUACUUAGCUGUUUUACAGUUGUUUUAUGCUAGAUUUAGGAUGGGUUACUAUGAGAAUUUAAAAAAAUAAUUGGUAUGAGCUUUCCAUGAAACACUAGACAUCAUAUCAAAAUGCAGGCAGCCUGCUAAUCAUGAGUUAUCCAUUAAAGUAUUGGUAAAAUGAAAGAAAAUCUUUCAUACAACUUUUCUUUCAAUGUAAA